GAAAGCAAGAGGGUCUCUGAGACUCAUCGUGGGCUGACGGGAAGACUUAAUUUACUUGCACAUACUGUGACUGAAAACGCUGGAAAAUGUGUAAAGGAUUAGCUGCAUUACCCCAAACAUGCCUCGAAAGGGCGAAGGAGAUCAAGACAAAAUUGGGUGUCUUGCUCCAGAAGCCAGAAAAUGCCAUUGACCUCAUUAUCCCCUACCCCGAGAAGACCGAGAAGAAACCAGAGAAGCAGCAGAAGCCCACUCCUGAGGAGGCUGCUCAGUGGCGUGAAAGUCUGGACCGAGUCCUGAACAACAGCUAUGGUCUGGCUGCUUUCCGCAGCUUUCUGCAGUCUGAGUUCAGUGAUGAGAAUAUUGAGUUCUGGAUGAGCUGUGAGGACUUCAAGAAGACCAAGAACCCCGUGAAGAUGGCCACCAAAGCCAAGAAGAUCUAUGAGGACUUCAUCCAGUCUGAGGGACCAAGAGAGGUAAACAUUGACCACUUCACCAAGGAUGUGACCCUGAGGAACCUCGUGGAUCUGUCCCCCACCACCUUUGACCUGGCCCAGAAGAGGAUCUACGCCCUGAUGGAGAAAGACUCCUUCGCGCGUUUCCUCCGGUCUGUGCAGUACCAGGAGCUCCUGGUCAACUAAGCAAGAUGAAGGGUCUGAGGAGCUGGGUGGGGGGGUGGGGAAGUUUCAAACAGCAGUAAGUUAUCAUGACAACAAAAGGAAACAGCUUAUCAUUUUUUUAAUUAAAUAUUUCUAAUAAACUACCAUUGUGUAAGACAGCUUGAGAACCGAAGACCUUUAUUUUUCAAAAUAUCCACAACAUGAAGGGCAAAAUGAAAUUAUAUUUCCGAAUGCUGAUACUUCUAAUGUAACUAAAGGAAAAGACUGCCUUUUGAAAUAACCCUACCUCCCCGCCCAACACACACAUACAUGUUCUUGUACUUCUGUACUAGUGAGGACCUUCCAUUGACAACUAUCAUUCUCAAUCCUCUUAAAGAAGUGAGGGUCUCCCAGAAUUGCCUCACUUAUCAAAAAUGGCCUAAAAAAUCUGAUUGGUUCUCACACAAAGGAAGAAGUACAGGAACAAAGAUAGAGAGAGAGUCAAGAUCCAACAAAACAGGACAGAUACCAAUGUGUUUCUGUGAAGAACAACUCAAUCUUUUAAAGCUUGGCCACAAAGUUUGUUCUUCAAAAUUUGGAUGCAAAUACAAAGUAUGAGAUUAUUCCUUGAAAACUUAAUCAGACUUUCACAUGUGCAUCAAGGCACAAGUGUUGCUUUCCCACACCUGUCAAGUCAGUACUCCAAGGACAACUUUUUAGACUAAAAGCCUUAAUGCAGGGCCGUUCCUGGUCUGGUGCCUUAGGCCAGAAAUCCACUGACAAUUAUAUUCAUGAUUAACUUAAAUCAACUUCUGGUUUAUAUCAUGUCAUUAACACCUUGGGUGGCUGCCUGGUUUGCCUAUGCCUAAAAACGACCAUGCCUUAAUGUGAAAUUAAUAAGAUGUUGGAUUUUUCAAUAGAAAGCAAACUUUAUCUAGGGGUCACAUUGGAAACUAAACCAAAGCUAACCAAUAAAAUAUUCCUAAAUGAAAACCAGUUUGCAUUUUCGUAAAAACAAAAAUACCCAUUUACCUUAAAUGUACAAAUAUGUUCCCAGUUUGACCCCCCUUCCCUUGCCCCAGACUUGCUAGUCUAAUUUAGAAGGAGGUCAGAGGGACUUUUAAGUACUUUGUGGUUUUCCCAGGAAGACUUAAAGAUAUUAUUACACCAGUCUGAGUGCCUGGAAAAAGAUAUGACUCACAACAUUUUCUUUCUAUAGGAAAAAAUGAUUGGGAAACUCUUAAAAGAAAUAACAGUUACACAGUUGGCUGCUCUAAAUCAAUCAAUAAUUGAAUAAUUUCCAGCAACGACCAAAUAUUUUGUCAAUUAAUUAAAAGAACCUGUAACAUAGUUGACCAUCUUCUGCUAUCAAUGCAUUAGUAAUGAUUAUCACACAGCUCUCUUUUUGUCUCUUCCACUUUCUCACACUCACACAGACAGUAAUUUUGGAUUUUCACCAAACUCCCCUUUUGGUUGCGAUGCAUCCUGGGAGAGCCAUUCUUGAGAACAGUGCUGGCUAGUUGGCUCAGUGGUCAAGCUCCUUGGCUACCACUAAACUGCAUGUUGCUAAGAUGGGAAAAUCAAGUGGGAGGGAAUCUUAAAAAAAAGAAGUGAACAGAGCAGUGGUUUUAACAGAGAAAGGUCUUUUUUCCCGUGUGAUAAUACCAAAGUUGUAUGUAUGCAUGCCGAGUCACUAAAAAGGUCCAGACCUGGUUUUAGUGGUUAUAGUGAAAAACACGGGAGAUAGGACUUGCAGGUUUGCAGCACUAAACAAUGCCAAUACUGGUUAUUGAGAAUCAUUUUAUUGUGGUCUUUGAAUUAUAAGCCAAAGUUUAAAGUCAUAAAGGAAAUUUAAGAAAGCAGAGGCAUUGCAAUCAGACAAGCACACACAAAGUAGUCACAUGUACUUUUCACUUUAAAUGCACGUGUUAUUUUCCAGAUAAACAGUUUCAACCAUGAGUUAUUAUUCACCACAUGCUGUAACAAACACUGGUAUUCACAUAACUUACACUAAGCUGAGACAGAGAUGGAGGUGAUGGUGGAUUUGGUGUUGGUGUGUAAUGUUAAAGUGUCCUAAAUGUAUACCUUUAGUUGAAUGUAGUAAUCAUAAAGUGUGAUUAUAUACUAUAUACCCUUUGAUGCUUUUUAUAUUAAACAAAAGCAUAUGUCUUAAUCAACACAUGAAUAUUGUUAUCUAGAUAUUCAGCAUUUUAUAAGUCCUUAUUGUUACCCUACAAUCCAACUGUUACACACUAAAACAAAAUGAAAAACUAUAUUCAGAAAAGAGAUAUUUUCUCACAUUUCAACUUAACUGAAUUGUUGAAUGUACUUCUUAAAAGGGGCAUUGAAAUAACCAACAAAUAUUAAAAAAAGAGAGAGAGAGAGAUUUAUUUCCAUUUAAAACAGCAUUGUCAAGGGUCUAUUGUGGCACAGAUUAGCCAGUCUGGUGUCAUAACCUUAAAUGUAAAACAAGUCAAUGAUCAGAAAAAUCAAUAAGGGCUUUAACAGUGCUGAGUAUGCAUUAUUUGAUGUAGCCUUGCAUGUACGAUGAGUCAAUCACAUAAAAAUAUAUAUGCAUACAAUUCCUGAAGAUGUAUUUAUUUUUACGUGUAAAUAUCAACGAUUUACAACCAACUGUGUCUAAGUUAUUCUUAAAUACAACAAUGGAAUCCAUGAUUUUUUGAACAGAGAGCUGGCGAGGACUCUUCCCAGAAUCUUUUCACUGUUAUAAAAGAAAAGAAGAAACACCUGA